AUGAAACCAACCCUCCUCACGGCGCUCGCCGCCACCUUUCUCACCAGCCAAACCCAAGUUUCCGCCCAGGCCCAAGACAAAUUCACCAACCCCAUCCUCUACUCCGACUUCCCCGACAACGACAUCUCCCCCGGCCCCGACGGCGCCUUCUAUUUUUUGUCUUCCAACUUCCACUACAGCCCCGGCGCCCCCCUCCUCCGUUCCCACGACCUCAUCAACUGGGAAUGGGUCGGCCACACCGUCCCGCGCCUCACCUUCGGCAACGGCUACGACCUCCCGCCCCCCACCGUCAACGAUGAUGGGACUGUAACCCCGGGCGAGAGGGCGUAUAGGGGAGGUACGUGGGCGUCGAGUAUGAGGUACCGGCCUAGUGAUGGGUUGUGGUAUUGGAUUGGGUGUACGAAUUUUUGGAAUACGUGGGUUUAUACGGCCCCGGCCCCCGAGGGCCCGUGGGAACAGGUCGCGUGGUUGGGGAAUGAGGAGUGUUUUUAUGAUAAUGGGUUGUUGGUUGAUGAUGUGCCCGCGGCCGAGGGGGAAGAGGAUACGUUGUAUGUGGUGUAUACGUGGUCGGGACAAAGCGUGGUGAACGUGACGCAGCUCGCGGCAGACGGGAAGAGUAUUGUGCGGACAGAGACGGUGUUGACACCCGCAGAUGUGGGCGUGGAUGGGUUGGAGGGGAACAGGUUGUACAAGAUCAACGGGACGUAUUAUAUCCUGAACGAUCAUCCCGGGUCAACGGCGUAUGUGUGGAAGUCGGAUUCUCCCUGGGGUCCGUAUGAGGCGAAAGCGUUGGCGGAUCAGGUGCCGGGCCCCGUGCCGGGGGGUGGUGUGCCGCAUCAGGGGAGCUUGGUGGAGGCGGCGCCGGGGGAGUGGUAUUUCAUGUCGUUUACGUGGGCGUAUCCGGGGGGGAGGUUGCCGGUGUUGGCGCCCGUGGUGUGGGGGGAGGAUGGGUUUCCAACGUUGGUGACGAAUACUUCUGCCGGGGGGGAGGGUAGUUGGGGAGUGAGCUACCCGCUUCCGCUGCCGAGUCAGCCGUUGAACUAUACCUGGACGUCUAACAGUUACGACUUCACCGCGCUGAGCGAGCUCCCGCCUGCGUUUGAGUGGAACCACAACCCGGACGAGUCCUCCUACGCGCUGAGUGCUGAGGCAGGGUUGACACUUUCAACGGCUACGGUCACGGAUGACUUGUACUCGGCCCGCAACACGCUCACGCACCGGGCCUAUGGCGAGUUCCCGGCUGCCACGGCCUGGCUCAACAUCUCGCAGCUGGCCGACGGUGACCGGGCCGGGUUGGCUGUGUUCCGCGACCGCAGCUCGUACAUUGGCGUGCACAAGUUACCUGCGGAUGGCAACAACACGGAAAGCCGGCUGGAGGUGGUAACGUGGUUCAACGCGACGAUUGACGAGUACGGCGGCGCGACGCUGGAUUUGGGUGCCGUGACGGACAGCGUGGAGAUUCCCGUGGACACGGAGAGUGUGUGGUUCCGCGUGGGCAUGGAUGCGCGGGCGGAUGGGACGCAUCUGGCGACAUUUGGGUACCGGGUUGGUGUGGAGGAGGGCGGGGAGUUUACGGCGCUGGGCGGGGAGUAUGAGCUGUACACGGGCUGGGCUUUCUUCUUGGGCUAUCGGUUUGCGCUGGUUAACUAUGCGACCCAGGCGCUGGGGGGGAGCGUAGAUGUGUUGCGGUUUGCGACGGAGUAA